CUACAAUCCCCAUUCUAAACAGAAACAUGAGCCCGCUGAGUAAGAGCAUAAAGAUUGGCGGGUGGAUGAUAGUAGGCGAUGAUGAGAUGAUUCUCUGAUGAGCGUGUUACGGUUCCUCAGACAAACUCGACUUCCUCACUGUGCCAAUAUGUAUCGCCUGCAGUCACUGGCAGCUCGGUCACUGAUCGCCGGAGCUCUUGAUCAGUGUAGCCCCUUAACACUGACAUCUUUUACUGGGGUACGACACAAGUCUCAAGGUCCGCCCGUGGAGAAGUAUGGCCAGAUGCGCUUUAUCACCGCCGAGGCUAAAGUGGCUACUGAGCGCCUUAACGGAAAGAUGCGGGAGAGGACACUGACUAUGGAGACCCUGAACCCGCAGGUAAAAGCUGUGGAGUACGCCGUGAGAGGACCCAUCGUCAUCAAAGCCGGAGAGAUUGAGAGAUACAUGGAGGAGGGUGGUACAAAACCGUUCUCUGAAGUCAUUAAAGCCAACAUCGGUGAUGCACAUGCAAUGGGACAACAGCCAAUCACCUUCCUCAGACAGGUGGUGGCUCUCUGCAUGUUUCCUGAGCUGAUGGACAGCCCCAGUUUCCCAGAGGAUGUGAAAUGGAGAGCAAGGCGCAUCCUGGAGGGCUGCGGGGGACACAGUCUCGGGUCAUAUAGUGCAAGCCCCGGUGUGGAGUGCAUCCGCAAAGACAUCGCCGCGUACAUCGAGCAAAGAGAUGGAGUUCCUGCAGACUGGGAAAACAUUUACCUCACCACUGGGGCUAGUGAUGGCAUUAUGACCGUUUUGCGGCUACUGGUGUCUGGAAAAGAUUCUUCUCGGACUGGCGUAAUGAUCCCCAUUCCUCAAUACCCGCUUUACUCCGCUGCAAUCUCAGAGAUGGAUGCAGUACAGGUCAACUAUUACUUAGAUGAAGACAACUGCUGGGCCCUGGACAUCAAUGAACUUCACAGAGCUUUUCAGGCUGCCAAACAGCACUGCCAGCCGCGAGUCAUUUGCAUCAUUAACCCUGGCAACCCUACUGGUCAGGUCCAAAGUAAAAAAUGCAUUGAAGAAGUCCUGCACUUUGCCUAUGAAGAGAAUCUCUUUGUCAUGUCAGAUGAGGUGUAUCAGGACAACGUGUACGCACCUGACUGUCAGUUCCACUCCUUCAAGAAGGUGCUAUACGAGAUGGGUCCUGAGUACUUCAACAGUGUGGAGCUCGCCUCCUUCCAUUCUACUUCCAAAGGCUACACGGGAGAGUGUGGUUUUAGGGGUGGAUAUAUGGAGGUGAUCAACAUGGAUCCUGAGGUCAAGGCCCAAUUAGUCAAGCUUUUAUCAGUUCGUUUGUGUCCCCCCUUGGCUGGCCAGGCUGCAAUGGAUGUGAUUGUCAACCCUCCCCAACCAGACGAGCACUCGUUCAAACAGUUCCACCAGGAGAAAUCAUCAGUGCUGGGUGCUCUAGCAGAAAAAGCUAAACUAACUGAGCAGAUCCUAAAUGCAGUUCCAGGAAUCAAAUGUAAUCCUGUACAAGGGGCCAUGUACGCCUUCCCUCGAAUCUUUAUCCCUCCUAAGGCAGUGGAGGAAGCCAAGGCUCUAGGAAUGCAGCCAGAUAUGCUGUACUGCUUGAGGUUGCUGGAGGAGACUGGAAUCUGCGUUGUACCUGGAAGUGGAUUUGGGCAGAAAGAUGGGACAUAUCAUUUCAGAAUGACAAUCCUGCCAUCCAUAGAGAAGCUGAAGGUACUUCUUGGCAAAGUGCAAGAUUUCCACAUCAGUUUCCUGAAAGAGUACUCUGCUCUGGAGUGAGAUGACAUGAUUUGCAAAACACAAGCUGGCGAGUCCAGCGCUACUUAACACACCACCUGUUUAUUUAAACUGUAAAGGAAGUGUUAAGUAUCUUGUUACAUUUUUUUUUUAAAUUCUAAUUUUAGACAGGAUUUAAUGAUGUAAUCUGAAUUACAGCCUUGUUUACUAAUAUUUUCGGGAAAUGGUUUCUGGGUGAGUUAGCAAAUUAAGUCAGACAUAUAACACUAUUCUUGAAUAUUUCAGUUAUUUUUCACGGUUCAUUGUCAUUGUCAUUUUUUUCUUGUAUUACAUUUGCUUUUAAAUCAGUAUUUCUACAGCAGGGUGCAUGGUAAAUAGACACUCUCUAUCAUACAUGAGAUUCAGUUACAAAGAUUAUUUAUUAACAACUUCCCAAACCAGGAACUAAAUUUUGAAGAUUGACACGUCACUCACUUGAAAACAGCUCAGUUGAAACUGUUUUGUAGCACCUAAUGUGAACUAUUCAAAACCAUUUGGCUUAUGCAAAUUUAGCUUUCUUUUUUUACUUUGGUGGUAAAGGGGGGAGCGUGGAUGGUGUUGGGAAGUUUACAAGGAGGGACUCUUUUAAUGUUUGUUUGUCCUCAUCCUUAGUUGCACUCAUUGCCAUGCAAUGUACAUAAACAUUUUAUCUUACAAAAUUACAAGAUUAGUCACAAGUUAGGCUUCUGUUGAAGAUUGUGCCUAAGGUAAUGAUUUUUGUGUCUCUGACCCUGUACGUUUCCAAGGCCAGAUGAGCAUGGGUGGAGAAAGUGCUGGCUUGUAAUUGUUUACUGAUGUAUUUUAUUUCUUCUGGUUUUGUUGCAAGUCAUUUUGAACUAUUAAACAUAAUGCUGUUUGAAUCAGUACUGGGACCUGUACCAUGACGCUAACUGAACAAACUCUGGGUUAAAGGAUUGGUUUCACGUUGAUAAAACAAAUCUAAUCCAAUCAGCCUUUGUUGAUCAUCAACUUUAUCUGUCAGCUCAGACUUGAAUGAUCCUAAAUUCAUGCAUGGCUAUAUACACAUGCAGAUGAAAUUGUGACCACCCCCCGCCCCC